CUCUGGUAACACCUGUCCGCCUCAUCGCAACGACACCUGUCCGCCUCAUCGCGACGGGCGACGACGGCCCAGCCGGGAGUAGGCCCCAAUCCCGGCCGGCGGACUCCCCAGGGAGCUUCCCAGCUCUCCGCCUCCACGCCCGCAGUCCCCGCGCUGUCUGCCGUCGUCUUCAGCCGCGCCGGCCCGCCCCCAAGUCCCCGCGCUCCUGCGUCGUCCGCUCUCCAGCCCGGCCUGCGGCAAGCCUGAUCUGCCACUGGGUGAUUUGGAUGCAUGAAAAAAGUGGAUGAUCCAGACGUCCUGGAGAUGAAGCAGCUGUCUAGGGAGAGUGAGGAGAUGGGGAAGGUCGAUUUCGAUGCAAAUCAGCAGGGAAGGCUGAAGGAAACAGAGGGAGAUCCCAAAGGUGAGGAGGGGAGGAAAACUGCAAGGAAAGGAACCUUCAAAGGAGAAGGCAAAGUGAGAAGCGAAAUGGCAGCGACGAAGAUAAAGCCCGUCAAGGAAGAAGUAAAGCAGGGGUAUGAGAAAUAUUUGGAGUGGAAGAGGAGGCAGGAUGAGAAAGAACGUGAUCGGGACCCAGAGGAGAUAACAGAUCCUUUAGCCUUCGAAGCUAAGAUGUUCAGAAAGAGGUGGGACAAAAUUUAUUUGGAGGUUUACGGUAGCUUCGAUAAGAACACUAACAUCCCUUGCAAAUGUUUUACACAUAAUCUUGCCCCACGGGGUGGCAUGCUGUGCAGUACUCUACAAGUAUUUUCAGUCAAAGUUGAUGAAAUAAUUGAAGGUUUAAAGUGGCCGCUUGAGGUGUUUGGUAUGGUUGCUCUACGGGACUCGAUUGAUCUCAGUCGUAAUAUUAUCUUCAAGCGUGAAAGACAUAACUGUCAGAUACUCACAGAUCAGAAUCCAUGCUUAGUAUUGACAGGCCCCGUGCGUGCUGUCAUGGCAUAUGGUCUUGUGAUCUUUGAGGCUUCAUUGUAUGUGAAGGGUGCUACUAUAUCUGAUGAUAAAGAAUUAAGCCUUCUAGCUACGUCAGUGGGACCAAACCCUACCUUGGAAUCGUGCUUGUUUCAGCGAUCCUACACGAGCAGGCUUAGCACACUGAAAUUGAUGCUUGGCCAUCUUACUGAUUCUAUGGAAGCUACAAUCAGAGUGCGAGUUGCUUCUGGGACAUGGCCAGAUGGUUUUGGAGGUCGGUUUGCAGUCCGUGCUGGCAGCAUGAAACAGCAUCUUGUGUUGCUCGACUCUGGAGAUAAGAAAGUGUCUCUUACUGGUAAUGAGAUCAGGCUGGCACGGCAGGUUGUUUCUGUUGAAACUCAUCGAAAGCUGGUAGUUUUCGUUGCUGCUAAGAAUGGUUCUGUUGUCUAUAGGGAUGUAACGGACUUCAAACCUCUGGAAAUGGGUACAAGCUCUAAGGAACUGCUAAUUGGUAGCUGUAUGUUGGAAGUCACUGUUUAUUGGUCCCGUUUCUAAAUUAGUUGAAAAAAAUACUGAUGAAGGUUUGGAACUUCCUACUGGCUGUUUAAUCUAAUGAUUUAGUACUUGAUGAUUUUGUGUUGACGGAGAAUCUGAAGUACUGUUAUCUCGUACAAAUGUGGCGUGCACGCAUCUGAUGUUCAAUAACUGUUCUUUGUGACCUGGCACCUUCUUUUUUUGGUCACCCAUUUUGUGAAUGUAUACCAAAUCUAAUUUCCCUGGA